UUUAAAGAGCAGCUUGAUGCGGCCACCUCCGAAAAUUUGUUGGAGAUGAGCUUGUCGGAAAACUUGCGGGUGAUUGACAUGAUCAAAGCCAAUGCUGUUGCCGAACAGGAUGCCGUCAAGCUGAUCCGCAAGCGGCUGCAACAUGCCAACCCCAAUGUCCAGCUCCGGACGCUCGAGCUACUUGAAAUGGUCGUCAAGAACUGCGGCGCUGGUGCGCAAGGUGAAGUGGCAACUGAGGCAUGCAUGAAAGAAAUGCAACAACUCAUCAAGGCGGAUAAUACAGAAGUUCGCCUUAAAGCGCUGGAGAUGAUUCAAAUUUGGGCCGAGGCCUUCAAGCGCGAGCCUGCCUAUCGCUGCGUCGUUGAGGUCUACAACAACCUCAAAGCACAGGGCUGGCCGUUUCCAGAGCUUGACCCUCUGGGGGAAGCCAUGUUUGUGGCCGAACGUCCGCCCGAGUGGAAAGAUGAUACCAAAUGUUUUGGCUGUCGUCGGCCUUUCACAACCUUGCUCCGCAAACAUCACUGCCGGAAUUGUGGUCAGAUCUUCUGUCACAAGUGCUCGUCCAAGGAGGCCACCUUACCUGCUUUUGGCAUUGAGAAAAAAGUUCGCGUCUGCGACAUUUGCUUUGACAACAUU